AUAACCUUAUACUUUAGCAGAACAAGCUAAAUAGAAGCAUAAACAGACAUCUCUCAAUGAUUAACAAAAUUAAAGUUUUUUGUAAUAUCUUUGUGAUGUAGUUUAAUUUUGCCCUUAGUACAUCAAAAGUAUUUUAUUAUGCUUCUCCAAUGCUACCAAAAGUUUUGUUUAAAGAGGACCAGGAUGUGCUUUCUUGAUAUUGUUUGAUUUCUUGAUAAGUGAUACUUUUGUGCCUGAAAUGGAGAAUUUACCAAACGUUUCUGCUGAGUUAACUGCAGAAUUUGUUUUAUCUCAUGUGAUUGAUGAUGUGUGUCGAUUCUUGGAAAUAAAAGAUCUGUAUUCAGUGGCCAAAGUAUGCAGAAUUUCUUCAUAGAUCAUGGAAAGAUGCAGCAUUACAUGAGAUGAGUAAAAUAGGCCCUAAGGUGACAGUGAUGCCUUUUUUUAGUAAACCAAUGAAUACAAACUGUGAUUCAAAAAUUAACUUACUUGACAGAGCGCAUACCAAGCCACACACAGCCUUGUUGUUUUUUAACCGUUAUCAUUUAAGCUAUGCGUUUCAACAACGAUGUUUAGACUAUGUUAUAAACGCAUACAAAGAACAAUUGGAAUGUAACGUUAUAGCUCUAGAUUCAGAGGAAACGUAUUUUGAUACAAAUCCAAGAGCUUAUCCAGAAGAUUAUGACAACUACGAAUUUGGUUAUGAUAGAGGUAUUCCAAUCUUAUUGUUAUCAGUUUUUAAACAAUCAAAUCUAGUCAUUUCAUAUUGCAUGAAACAAGAUGGUAUCUCUAGUGCUAUUUUUGCACAGAGAUUGUACAAAGAGUUGAUAUCUGAUUAUCAAGAUUCGAAAAUAAUAUUAAUAUUGUUGACUGCAUCACAAAAAGGUACUAAUAUUGCAAGGAAAUUACUGACCAUGAUUCAAAAAAAUCAUGAGCAAACAAAAUACAGCAUAUGGGGAAACGAGUGUUACAGUUUAAAAAAAGUAGACUAUGAUCCUAGCGAUAGCCAAACUAUUAAAGAGCCAGCAGUGGUUGGCAUAAGAAUAUGUGGUCCAAGCAUUGACUCUUGGUCCUUUAUUCUCAAUGCAAAUAUGAAACUUGAUAAGUUUGAGGAACAACUUUUGAAAUUCAAAGAGAAUAUCAAAUUAAAACGGCAUAGUUUGGGGCUUGUUUGUGGUCCUGCUCUUGCACCAUCUGCUAUUAAUGGAGAGCUGCAGGAAUCUUCGUUAUUUAUGAAUCUUAUCAAGAAAAUUUUCCCGGAAAUCCCUUUUAUCGGCCAAUUUAGCUAUGAAUUUUACUUCAAUGCCUAUGGAUGUGAUUCGACAAGCAAUGACAGUAAGACAGUGGUGUCUCUUAUGGCUGUGUCUUUGAUGAUCAUAACACACGACUGAACCGUUAUGUAAAUAAAUAACAGUUAUAGUUUUGUAAAUAGUAACUUUGUAUACUAACCCAAAAAGGUAAUAAAAAUGAACUGUUUUUAUACAAAAUA